AUGGUUGGCAGUGACAAACCCACACAACUAUCACCAAUGCUGCAGUCCUCUUCAGUCUUUUAUUGGAACCCGGCUCUGCUGGGUCAGCUGGAGAAGCUCAGCACUCUGAUUCUGGACUGCAACAACUACACCUCUCACGUCAAGUUCCCCUACAUGCCCAGCGUGACCACAGUGUGCAUCAACAAGAACAAAAUCAACAACCUGCCUGUGUUCGUGGAAGAAAUCCGACGCAAGUUCCCGAACAUCAAGAUCCUCAGUAUGAUGAACAAUGAGGCAGCACCCAGCUACUUCAAUGGAGGGAGUCUGACCCAAUACAAAGACUACAGACAGUACGUCAUCAGCCAGAUCUCAGGUCUGGAGAUUCUGGAUGACACCGAGGUCCUGGAGAAGGAGAGAGCCCAGGCCCGAAAAACCUACAGGCUGCAGCAGAGCAGGCACAGCAGCAGGAAGAGGAAGGAGGAAUCAUCCAGGAAGCACACACACAUGCAGAAAAAGUCAAAUAGUGUCAUAUAAAUCACCCCCUUUUAGUGUCAACAUGAUCAUACACGUUGUGUGUUGUGUAGCUGCUUGUUCUUAUGUGUAUUUGAAGCUACAGGGUGUUUUACACUUUAUAUUCAGAUCCAAACUCUGUGUUUUCUAUAGCUGCACUAUCAAAUUAAAAAUAGAAAUAUCCGAUAUGUCACACGUGCAUCA